AUGGGAGGUCAAUGGAGUGAACUUGUUGCUGCAAUGAGGUUCCUAGAGAAUGGUAUGGAUGGGAAGAAGAGGGAGACUGGAUUUAGAAGAGAAGCAGAUAAGAUGACAUCUCUCACAGACGUUGGUUCCCGUAGUUGGUCGUCCCUUCCGCUACCUGUUUCCGGAGGGUCGUUGACGUCAAAGAAUCGUAGGAACCUCAUCACCUAUGCUCCGGCGCAUCGCAAAUGCAAUAGGUGGAGGUUCCGCUGCUCAAUUGCCAAGGAUUCCCCAAUUACUCCUCCUAUUUCAAAUGAGUCCAACUCCCAGUCAUUGCUGGACUGUGUCAUUGUGGGCGCCGGCAUUAGCGGCCUUUGCAUUGCGCAGGCCCUAGCGACCAAACACGCCGCUGUCUCUCCGGAUCUGAUUGUCACCGAGGCACGAGACAGAGUCGGGGGCAAUAUCUCAACGGUUGAAAGGGAUGGGUAUCUCUGGGAAGAAGGUCCUAACAGCUUCCAGCCAUCUGAUGCUAUGCUCACCAUGGUGGUGGAUAGCGGGUUGAAGGAUGAUCUGGUGUUAGGUGACCCAACUGCACCGCGGUUUGUAUUAUGGGGGGGUGAAUUGAAACCAGUUCCGUCCAAACCAGCCGACAUCCCUUUCUUUGACCUCAUGAGCUUUCCUGGAAAAGUCAGAGCCGGUUUUGGUGCUCUUGGAUUCCGUCCUUCACCCCCAGACCGUGAAGAAUCGGUUGAGGAGUUUGUUAGACGCAAUCUUGGAGAUGAAGUUUUCGAACGGUUGAUAGAACCAUUUUGCUCAGGUGUUUAUGCUGGCGAUCCCUCAAAACUUAGUAUGAAAGCAGCAUUUGGAAAGGUCUGGAACCUCGAGCAAAACGGGGGUAGCAUUGUUGGUGGAGCCUUCAAGGCAAUUCGGGACAGAAAUAAUACUGAAAAGCCUCCGCGGGACCCGAGGUUACCCAAACCAAAGGGCCAAACUGUUGGAUCUUUUAGGAAAGGACAAGCAAUGUUGCCUAAAGCAAUCUCAUCCAGGUUGGGUAGCAGAGUGAAAUUGUCUUGGAAGCUCACGAGUAUUUCAAAAUUGGAAAGUAGAGGUUAUAACUUGACAUAUGAAACACCAAACGGAUUUCAAAGUUUGCGGACUAAAACCAUUGUGAUGACUGUUCCUUCCUACGUGGCGAGUGACUUGUUGCGUCCUCUUUCGUUGGGUGCAGCAGAUGAAUUGUCAAAGUUUUAUUAUCCUCCGGUUGCAGCUGUAUCUGUUUCAUAUCCAAAAGAUGCAAUUCGUGCUGACCGUUUGAUUGAUGGUCAACUCAAGGGUUUUGGGCAGUUGCAUCCACGAAGUCAAGGGGUGGAAACUUUAGGCACGAUCUACAGUUCAUCUCUUUUCCCUAACCGAGCGCCACCUGGAAGGGUUUUGCUCUUGAACUACAUAGGAGGGGCUACAAAUCCUGAAAUCCUAUCAAAGACGGAGGGCCAAAUUGUGGAUGCGGUUGACCGUGACCUACGGAAGAUGCUGAUAAGGCGUGAUGCGGGAGAUCCAUUGACUUUGGGAGUGCGGGUGUGGCCUCGAGCAAUCCCGCAGUUUCUGAUUGGUCAUUAUGACAUUCUAGAUUCUGCAAAAGUUGCUCUGAGCAACGGUGGAUUUCAAGGUAUGUUUCUCGGUGGCAACUAUGUGUCUGGGGUGGCUUUAGGUAAAUGUGUGGAGAGUGCUUAUGAUGUUGCAGCUGAGGUAAGUAAUUUUUUGUCACAAGGUGUGUACUACAAGUAACUGAGUAAAUUUUAUCAUUCUUUAUGAUUAUGGGGCAAGUCAUUUUUAUGUUUUGGCAAGUGUUUUGGUUCUUGUGAUUUGUUUUCGUGCCAGUUGUUUUUGAUUAUGAAUAAAACUACUUUAAUAAAUUACAACUUAAACCAUAAUUUUAUAAAUUAAAAAGUAAAUUACAUAAAUGGUCCCUAUGGUUUUGGGGUAAUUUGUGUAUUUGGUCACUAACUUUUCUUUUACACUCGGGAGCUCCAUAUGGUUUGGAUUUGUUUUGAAUUUUGUCUCUAACAUACAUAAAUUGUCUAUAUUACCCUUUUUUAUUCUAUAUUUUCUAUUUUUAUCACUAUAAAAUUAUCAAGAGUUUAUACCUGAUCCCUUCUCUUCCACCCUGUUUGUCUUCUCCAACCUAGGCCAGCCGGCAUCCCCUCCCCACAUCAUACUUUGUUUUCUCUGGUGAUAAUCAAAGAAAUCAACCUCUUUGAUGACCACCUUAUCCCCUCCUUUCUACUCCUUCCGUCUUCUCCGACCUAGGUCUGUCAUCAUCCCUUCUCCAACCCCUUCAUUUUCUUAGGCGAGAUCAAAGAAAUCAACCCGUACAUGGUUGUGCCCAAUUCACACUUAUAGUCCAAGUAUUGAAAAAAUAACGGUGAGGGCUCCUCUGGUUUACAAGUCGUAACAAUCAAGUUCCCCAUACCGUUAUCCGUUAGUGUUAAGUUAGUAGGUGUUAGAUUUUUUAUUGAUCAUUUUGCCCUUAUGUAUUAUCUUGUAUUAAUUAGCUACUAAUAAAUUCAUAUAAAUACUAACUAGCAUCACCACCAUAACAUCAACCCACCUCCAUCCACCACUCACUGCUACAACCACCAUCACAGUAUCACCACCAUUUGUUGCUGCAACCACUAUCAACUAUCACUUUAUCGGUUAUUGUCAUGGUAACCCAACCAACUAUCACGUUUUGAUUUAAAAGGUCCCUCAUGUUAUUUUUUUGCAUCCUAGGGGCAUAAACUUAUGUUUUACCUGCUGAUAAAGGUAUGGACCAUAUUUUAAGCCGGUUUUACCGGUUGCAGAAAGCUUGUUUGACUUUUCAUUUUCUUUUUAGAAACAAAAAUUUAAAAGAAUAAGCCAUGUGGCUUUUUUUUUUUUUUGGAAAUGCACCUUCCAGUGAUUUCUUCUCCCAUUUCUUUGACCUUCUCGUCUAUUUGACUU